AUGUCGUCAUCUCAUUGUGUGUUGUGUUUGUGGCAACUUGUGGGUCACCAUGUUAUCUCACCUGCCCACAUGUCAUUAUCUUGUUGUGUGUGUUUAUGGCAUGCCAGCCUGGUAGACAAGGAGGAGCCGAGUGGGGAGAUAACUUCCCUUGUGAGACCCUACCUGAUGGAUCUCGGCAGCACCAACGGCACGUUUCUCAAUGGAUCACGGAUUGAAUCGCAACGAUACUACGAGCUGAUGGAGAAGGACACGGUGAAGUUUGGCAACAGCAGCCGCGAGUAUGUGCUGCUGCAUGAGCACUCGGCGGGGUGA